GUGCAUUGCUCGUUUUCAGCCGUAUCGGACUGUAUUGAAAACAAAUCGCUUACGUAUCGGAUUCAGACCGAUAUGUAUCGGGAAUCGGCCGCCACGGACGCGAAAUUCAUUCUCACCGGUAUACCGUUGUGGGUCUACGCCUACUUCCCGAGGCUUGCCCUAGUACCAGAGGAGGAGAUGCCUCCCAUGAUCUCAUUCUCCUACCGCUUCGACGUGAGGUGCGAGCGGAGGCCUCCGGAGUCUUUCAUAUUCUUCCAUCGCUAUUUCGAUACCAUCACCGUGGCAGAGAUCACCUGGCAGCCGUGGGCCUCAUUGCCCAUUGCAAUACGGGAGCGGUAUGAGGGUGCUCAGGAGACCUCCCGGUUCAGGAUUUUGCUAGAGGGCCCGGUCUGUCGGGCCUGGUACCUGGACGAGCGCUUCUUGCGGCAGACCUUAGGCGUGCCAGAGCAGAUAGUCCCAGGUUUGCCUCCUACGACCAUGAGGCGGACAGAGACAUACACCCCGCAGGAGAUGGCCGUUUGUACGAUCGGUUGGGACUCGGAGGGCUUUAGAGGCGAGGGUGACUAUGCAGAGUACGUCCAGACCUAUAUCAUGCGGCCUCUGGGUAGUGCUCGCCGAGCUGAGAGAGAGAGGCCUGCGGCACCAGCGGCUAGAGCAGGAGCAGGAAUAGGAGCACCGAGGAUGGCUCGGGCCCGUGGUAGGAGUGGGCCCCGGAGAGGGUAG